CAGGGGCGGACUGACCAUUUGGGAACUCGGGCAGUGCCCGAGGGCCGGGGUCAGUAGGGGGCCCAAUGAGAUGCCCCUGGUACCUUUCACAGGCUUUUUUGGUGUGGGCGAGGACACAGGGGCCCCAUGAUCCCCUAUUGCCCAGGGGCCCCAUGAGUUGUCAGUCCGCCCCUGGUGGGGAGGUUCACCCAUUCACAUCAGAUGGGGGAAUCAAGUCAUUUUCUUUCAUUCAACCUGCUGGGCCCGGGGUCAGUAGGGGGCCCCAUGAGAUGCCCCUGGUACCUUUUUCAUAGGCUUUUUUGAGUUUGGGCAAGGACACAGGGGCCCCAUGAUCCCCUAUUGCCCGGGGGCCCCAU